AGAAGGCUUGCGUCGUUUCAGCUCUAUGAGGAUUCGUUUUUGAGUGGUGUAGAGGUGCAUAGCGCGGCGCUCUCACCUCCAGGAUCCCAAACUAAAGCGCACUAUGGGGAAAGUAAUAGGACGAGGUAGCUUCAGCUGCACUAUGACAAGACGCGAAAACGUAAACACCUGAAACAGGUUCUAGUACGCUUAUCCCGUCAUUGGUUUUUUCUACUACCUCGUAUAAAAAAAUGAUGUCUUUAUCAAGUCACAACCCGGCCGCGCGGCACGAAACGACGUCGGUGCUGGGUGCAACCGCAAGUUCAGCGGCGGAUUUGCUUUCCCAUCCGCAAAAGCAGACGCUCCGAGACGUGGAGCGCGAGAUUGACGCAAAGCUGAGAGAAAUCGCGGAAUUGGAAUCGGAGUUGCUGCUAUCGGCGGAGGAGGAGCUUGCGCAGGAGCAGCUGCAGGCAAGCACGAAGGGGACAACGCAAGACGGGAAAGUAGACGACGACGCGGCCUCACUUGUCAGCGUCGGACCACAGCGACCUGCACCGGCGAUCAAGCGGGUGUGAUGUUUCUUUCUUGUUCAGUACCUCUGGCUUUGAGUGAAAACGUACGUGUAGCAUUUUUCCGUUUGGGUGGGUCAUGAUGACACCACUUCUUGAGAACGAUAUUCGAAGCACUUUUUACAUUUCGCACAACAGCUACGAAAACGGCCGGAAGACGCGAAGUGGCGGUAUUUGCAGCAGCGACCCGACCCAACGGACCGCUGCCGGGAGCUUCUUCUCUCCACUGUGCUGCCGAAGCCGCCGGAAGAUCCGCCGCGCUUUCCAAAAAUGCCACACUGUGCGGUCGACGAACCGCCGGUACUUUCACACGACCCCCUCCUGUGGCGCAUGCAAAGAUGUUUCGAGGGGCCCUAGAAGCAGAACUGGAGUAAACCAAGUCAACAAUGCACGUGACCGCUUCGGGACUAAUUAUGCAGCGCAAUUCAGGAGGAGAUUGAGAUACAAAGUGCACUUGAUGAAGCGAAAAUCCAGGCCGGGGCUGUGGAAGUUUGCGGAGAGGAAAUGUUCUCCCCUGCCGGAUCAUCAUGAUACUUUCGUGGUCCAAGCGACGACUUACUCACUUUUUGGAUAUAGCGGGUUCUGAACAAAUUUUGCAAAAUUUCCGGACGGUGAUCGCAAUCGCUUCUUUUCGAAUACAGAAUCUUUUACGUUCUGUCGGCUAUGACGCUCAUGAUCAGAC